AUGGAAACCACUCCUGACCAUUCCAGCGAAAUCCAGAAGCCUGCCAGCCUCAUGGUCCACCGAUUUAAUCAGAUGCGACGAAGAAGCGACCAUAACAAUCAGGGAGGAACAAGACCAGCACCAAACGGAGCUGAUUUGGAGCUCCAAAGACGUGAUGAAAGAAACAUUCUCGAGCUGUAUCGAGCUGCCUUCAUUGGUGAUUGGGAUAGUGCUCGAGGUAUUUUAGAGCAAGAUGCAGAAGCAAUCAAUGCGAGAAUCACGGGGGAAGAGGACACUGCUCUUCAUAUUGCAGCUGCGGCAGGCCACACUUAUUUCGUUAGACAGCUGGUUAAUAAAAUGUCAGAAAACAAUUUAGAUUUAGGUCUUACGAAUGGAUCAGGAAAUACAGCCUUUUGCCUUGCCGCUGUAUCCGGAAUAGUUGAAGUUGCUGAAGUCAUGAUGGGGAGGAAUAGAGAGUUGGCAAAGACCCGUGGCAAAGAAAAUAUGUUACCACUUGAAAUGGCAGUUUCGUCAGGCCAAAGGAAGAUGGCCAGGUACCUGUACGAUGCCACUAAAGAUCAAUUGAAUGACUCCGAUCAGAAAAACUUAUUUGUUAUGCUGGUCGACGUUGAUAUUGCUAGGCAGAUGUUACAGGCGGACUCAAAUUUAGCCAUUGCUCAAGAUAGAAACCACGAGACGGCAUUGCAUGUUUUGACUCGAAAGCCUCUUGUAGAAAGGCGACAAAAUUCAAUAGAAGCCAUCGCCUCUUUAGGUGUGAUGAAAGCGAUGUCACAGAUGGUUGAGUUUUAUAUGUAUGGAGUUCAAAAGAAUGAAGCGCUUGGGUUUGUGAAAGACCUCUGGGCAGAAGCUGUAUUGUUGGAUCAUUCAAUAAUUUCUAGUCUGAUUGGAUUGCCUGGCCGACUACUAUUUACUGCAGCAGAACAAGGGAACUCUGAAUUCUUAAAGAUAGUCAUUCGUUCUUAUCCUGAUGUGGUGUUUAAAGUUGACGAACAUCAGCGUAGCAUAUUCCAUAUCAGUGUUUUGCAUCGUCAUGAGAAUGUCUUUGAACUGAUACACGAUUUAGGAAGUGAAGAAGAUCGUUGCACCACUGCAAAUUGA